CGGCUUGCCAGUAGGGCCUUUGGCUACAUGCCUAAACAUAGAUUUUAAAUGAAACGAUUUAUGAAAAUUUCUUAGGGACUUCGAAUUUCUUAAGAUAGAGUUUAGAGACUGACCAACAAAAAAAAAACAAAAAACAAACACAUUUGUCUUGGAACAGAAAAUAUAGAAAUGGAAAAAUUAUGAACUUGUGAAUCAAUGAUAACAAAAAAAACCAACAAAUAAACUAUGAUAUUGAUAAUAUAAACCUAAUAAUUAAAAUAAAUUCAAACGAAAAAGGUAGGAGGUGUUUUUACCAUUAUUUUAAUUUAAAAGACUGAGUAGGUUUACUUACUUGACUUAACUGAUAAUUUAAACUGAAAAUAUAAAAAUAAAAUGUUACACUUACUUACACUGACCUUGUCUUGUUUUGUAGUAGUAGUUUAGUCCUAGCCUUGUAGUUCUAAGUUGUAGGCCCUACUUAUGUUACUUAGACCUAUUCUAGUUAUACUUAUUUUAUUGAAACUAAUUAUUAGUUUGUUACUUAUAAUAUAGCCCAUCAUGGCCAUAAUGCCCAGCCAUGCCAUGCUUAAAAGUUAAUACUAAUACUAAUACUAAUAGUAAUGCCUAUGCCUACUUAAAACUUAAAAUGAAUACUAACUCUCCUGGGUAUUUUAAGUAAUCUCCUCAAACUCACACAAAUCAAUACUCUUUAUUUUAAAAUUUAUUAUGCAUAACUAUUUACACAAAAAAAUCUUGGGUCUUUUGACCAUUGAAUCAUAUUCAUGAUAUUAUUAUUAUUAGUUUAGGACAACCCUAUUGGACUAUUUUAAAAUCAGCUUUUGAACCUUUUAAAUUAUAACCUAAAAUAAUAAGUUAUUAAUAAGUAAAACCCUGUUGUUGUGUAGGUCUGAAGCAACAGAAAUUACUUAACAAUAAUAAUACCUUGGCCUUUUAAAAGUUAUUUAUAAUCUUUUCAUUACUCCACAGUUGCAUACAGAUACUAUGGAUUGAUGUAACCAGAGUUUAACAAAGUUAUCAAAGACGUCAAAGGCCCAUGACUUGACUCAAAAAUGGCUAAAGUUCUUUUUGUUUUAACUGUGCCUGCAGAAACUGAAGACAAAGAUGUCGUCAAAUCUGUGGAUAGAAAUGGAGAGCAAGAAUCGAAAAAUAAAAUUGUGACUAGUGGGGAAUCGCUUGAAUUAACAGGUGUGCUAACUAUUAUUUUAAAAAAUCGAUUAGGCUUUGUAAUUUAAUUUAAUGCUGAUGCAUGUAGAUUAAAGUGGUCCAUAACUAUUUCAAGAUGACAGCCAAAUAUUUCAAGAUGACUGAAAUGAUGGCAUGUGUAGGCCUAAGGGCCAUCCAUUAAUGACAUCACACUAUUUUGACAUAUUUUUACGAAUCGUAAAAUAUCUGUCCCUAAAUUUUCAUAACACAUCUCCUAAAAAUUGUGAUCCCCGCCAAUGUUCCCUCUAAGGUUUGCUGGUUCGUGUGCAAAAUCAUGCAGUUGUGUGGAAAGUUUUACAGCGUAAAUUUUUGUGUGUGUAAAAUUUUACAGCCCACAAACAAAAACACACACUGACAUGGAAACUUGCUGCGCGGAUACUCAAAACUGCUGCGCGGCAUCUGUGAGUUAGCUGCGCAGCCGUGCAGCUUAAAGGGAACAUUGAUCCCAACCCCCAUAGGUUUAUGAAGUUAUUUAAGGAUAGCCUGUAAUUGAUAUAAUAUUUGGUUGAAGAUUUUUAUUUAUCUUGUUUUGAAUUUUAUUCCAGCUGAUAAUACCUCAGAGAAAAGAUUAAAUGCAAGUAGUGGUUGGAAUUUUGAUGAUACACUAAAACAAGCUGAUGAUUCAGAACAAGACCAGGGAAAGAAACAUAAUACGGAUGCAGAUGGAGUUAUUGAUUUGAAAAAAGUAAAUAGAAAGAAAAGCUUAGAAGAACAAAAAGCUGAUGGGCUAAAAUUAUCAGAAUCAGCUAAAAAUAUCACAGACAUUCAGAACAAUGCACCUGAAGAAAAAGAUGCAGUUGACAGUGCUGGCAGCAAUAAUAAUAGAAAAAAUUCACUGGAUCUUCUAACAGAUGAAGAAAAGUCUAAUCUAAUACAAUUCCUUACACCUGAACUUACUCUUCUUGAGGUAAGCUUAUGUUCUACAAUUGUUGCAUUUUCUUACAUUUAUUCCAAAGAUAUUCAGGUUAAAACAAAGUUCCUCAGUUUCUGUUUCUAAAAAAAAGUGAAUGAUAAUAAUAAAUGCGAUUUUUAUAAUUUUAAUUUAAUAAGAUAGAGAUAGUUAAUGUUAAUUUUAUAAAAAAUACAGUUAAUGUUAAUUUUAUAAAAAAUACUACGUUUUAUAAAAAUAUAUUUUGAUAUCAGGAUAUCUUUUUUUUAUGUUAGAGAUGAAAAUCUUGCUUAUUUGUGUAUAGUAAGGAUAUGCUUAAAAAGACACUGUCCUCACUCUUUUAACAGCAAGUGAAAGAUGUCUUAGAAUAUAGUAAUGUCUCAGGCGUUAAUUGGAAUUCAACUGAUGAUGAAAUGCAUAUUGUAAGUAAACAUUUCAUGAUGAAAUAAUGUUAACUUGCUUAAUUAAACUUGAAGACUUUGAAAAAAAACCAACUCAAACUAGAGAUUUAAAAAGAAAAAUUCUACUGUAACAGACUUUUAAAUUUACACAUAAAACCUUUAUCCUGUAGAACUGGAACAAGGAAACAACUAAGAGAUUAUUUUAUCAUCAUAUAUUUUAACUGUAAUAAAGCAGUGUGUAAUACUUCUAUUAUGUAUCAGGGCAUGUUCAUUACUGACGAUGGUGAAAGGUGUGAGGAAAUAUUACAGCGGCUUACACUGCUUAAAAUUUCUAUCAGGUAGGCUACAUUUGUACUUAAACUACUUUUCAUUAUCCAUUUCUCUUUUGAGGUCAGAAAUAAAUAAAGAGUGCAUUUGCUGAAUGUUUAGUAGCAUUACAAAUCACUUUUUGGGAAAAUGUUGCAUAUUCUCAUUCGUCAAGAUAUUUCAGACUAUUUUUUAUAUUUCAAUUGACAGUGUUUUUCCAGCUUCAAUAAGUAUAGCAAGUUUAACCAAGAAAGAUGAGGCAGAGCAAGUGAAACAAAGGCUUGAAAAGUAAGUUUUUUUUAAUGGAAAUUUUAAUAAUUUUGAUGUAAAUGAUUAAAUGUUUUUUUUAAUGUAAAUCAAAAGUUUUAAACUUAUUUGUAGAUAAAAGGUUGUGUCAAUAUUUGAGGAUAAAUGAUAAAAAUCACAUAUUUUUGAGAGGGGACAUUUUACUUACAAUUUUUAAGAUCAUCCAAUGUACGAGAGUACCUAUAAUAUAAUUCCUUUAAUCUCAUAAAGCUUAGCUUAUCUGUUGGCUUACCUGUUGUGAGGGACAAUAUUUUUCUCUAUGCUGGUUUGGUAUGUCCAAAAGUUUUAGUUACCAGUAUUAGCUUCUGUAUCCUCAAAUAAAUGUUGAUAACAGCUGCUAUGGCAACUGAAGAUUAUUUUUGUGUGUGAAAUAAGUUAUAGUUUCUGUAUCUCUUUUUGUUUUGUUUUUGUAUCUCUUUUUCUUGAUGGGUGUAACAUAAAUUUAUAAAUUCAGCCUAAAAUAUCUAACCUUGACUGUACCGGUAGUGGGCAUUCAAGAAAAUCUGUUCCAUAACUAUUUACACAAAUAUAUUUUCAGAGAGGACAAACUGGCCCAGAAAGUCAGUGAAUUUAAGAAGUCUAUCAAGUCCAGACUAGUGGUUGCUCAGGUAGCUAAAUUUAAUCAAACUUAAAAAACUUCACUUCAGUAUUGUACUCCAAAUGUGGCUUGAGUGAAUAUGUAUGUAUUUAAAUUGUACAAUUUAUCAAGUUAAUUUUAUGAGAGCUCAAUAAGCUGUAACUUAAGUUCAUUUAAUUUUUUUUCACAUUUUUUAAAUAUACAUUUUGUGUCAUUAGGUCAGCCACUCUUUUGGCCUAUAGACUCAGCCAAGUGUCAGUACUCAAUUUUAUAUUAAUAGUAAGGAUUACUUUAGACAAUUUAUUAUUAUUAGAGAUGUCUCUAAAGCUUUAUUUCAUUUUCUUUCCAGGUUGUUGACUCGGUGAAAAGUGAUGCCCUUUUUACAUUCGAUUUCCUCAUGUUAGUUAUGCUUGCCAGGUCAGUUUAUAUUUUGAUGCUUUGAUGAUCAUGAAACAGUUUAAUCAAUAUAUUGCAAUGAGAAAUUUUUAAAGUAUAUUACAGCGAUAAUUUUAAAAAGUGGACUGGGUGUGAUGAAAAAAAAAUAGUUUGCAAUUUUCAUUAAAAAUUCUCAUGAUCCCCAUUUUUUUUUUCUGCUUGUUCUUGUGAGCUUUCACUUUGCUUAUUCUUAGAUUUCUGCAUGGGGCUGAAGAUUUAAUAUUUUUAUUAUAUCAGUGUGAUUAGUAAAAAUGCAGUGGACAACAAAAAAUUGAAAAGAUAUAAAGGAAAAAAAUAGAGAAGUAGAAAUGAGUCAAUCAAUAAUCUAGUAGAAAUUAUUCAUCACCAUUUUUGUAUUUGAAUUAAAACUUUUAAAAGUACAAAAAUAAUAUUUGAAAGUACUAUAAAUAAUAUUUAAAAGAAAAAGAAUUAAAAUUCUUAAGAAAAAUUAUUUAUAAUUCACUGGUUAUCUGAUAAUGUCAGCAAUAUUAAAUGCCAAUAAUAUUAAAUGAAUGGCAUAACUUAGUUUGCUCCCCUAAAUUUUCUAAGGUGGCAUGCACAAGUGUUAAUUGAAUGAAUUAUUUGCUUAAUAUUUAUUGGAUAUUUUUAAUAGCAAAUCAAUUUUACUAAUACAAUUUACUCUAAAUGAUCCACACCACAUACUUAAUCACAAUAAUUUUAAAUCAACUUUUAUUUAAUCCUAACUUUAUUGAAACUUUGGGGUAAUUGAAGACUCGUCUUCUAAAAAAAAAAAAAAGAAAUAUACCUACACAUGACAUAAAAAAAUGUAUUUCACAAAAGUUUCAUCUAGAAUCAUUUUCAUUAGGAGUAAUUAAGUUGAUGACCUAUGGUCCUUACUUUGGCUGUUUUCAACUUUUUUUUAUCUUACGGUGAAAUGGGAGUUUUUAUAAUUUUCUCCAUAUACAUUAAUUAUAUUAUAGAAAACAAUGAGAAAAAGUAAUUAACAUAAAGCCAUGUGUGAAAUUAGUGGUAUGUGAAAUUGGGUAACACAUUUUGUGACUCCAUUGAUUGGCUGUACUUACACCAGCGCCCCUGGUGGAUGGGACUUAUUAACCUUGGAUGGCAACUUAUCUAAGAGAAGGCAAACUCUGAAAUCAAACCCGGAGAUUGAGUCCUGUAUUCGAUAUGCCAUUGACACAUUAAGAAUUCCAACAACCCCCUGCAGCGUGAAAUGCAUAAAGAGCACAGUAAGACAGAAGAAAACUGCUGGUCAUCUAAUGCAUCCUGAUCAAUUUGCAGUCAUCUUGACUAAGUCUUGCCAUUGGAUCAAAUAGGCAAGAAUGUGAAAGUGAGGCUGAUGAAUUGAGCAACUCUUCCUUACUUUAAAAAAUAUUCAGCUCAAGCCUUGGUCAUCUUCACGUGAAUUUUAAAGUAAAAUAACUUUCUUUGGUACCCUUUUCAUCUGCUGGGGUAUUAUUUUAUGGGAUCAACUUCUGAGAGGGUACACCCUUUUCAGGCUUUUCCCUGUCAAUACUAUGGGGUUCAGCUUAUCAACAAGUAUAUAUGAUAUAUUAAAUAAUAUGGUUUAUAUUAUUUCUUAAUAAUUGUUAGGUACUAGUUCCCCAUAGAUAUUUUUAUCCUUUGAUUUUUAAAAAUUUUUAUCCAAAUCCUACAACACAGUUGUGAACCUUGGUGACACACCAUCAUGUUGCAAGUCAUGGUUUGAACACCACUGUUUAGUAUUUGACUUAUUGAUCUUUAGAGAAAAAUGUAAUUUGCUACAGAAAUAUUUAUCUGAAUAUCUUUUAAACAAAAAAAAAGUUAAUCCCAAAUAUUUUGAAAAUAAGUUGUCAACUUCACUAAUUUUCUAGUAUGGUUGCUGUAAUGGGCCUUUUGGAAGCAAGUUCAGUGGCACUUGUUGCAAGUAUGCUUGUUUCCCCUUUAAUGGUAAGGUUGCCAGGUUGUUGAUGUAUGCUUUGUGUAAAACUCCUCAUAAUAGUGCAAAUGCUUUUGAAGAACUAGUAUUCUUUUCUUUAUACCAUAAUUUAUUGUUAAUUCUUUCUUUUUAUUUUAUUUGAUAGUAUAUUCACUUAAUAAUAUACAUUUUCAUUUAGCCAAAGUCUUUUCACUCAUUUCAUAAUGUUUCAUAAUGUAUAAUUUUAAUGUGAUUUUAAGAUGUGCACCAUUAUUGAAUCAUAGAUUUUUAAAAGGAUGGCCUGUCAAUAUAUAUGCUUUUUAUAAAAUAAUUAGGGGUUUGGCAUAUUUUGAGCUUGUUUGUAUAUAUAUUUAUUAAUUUAAGCAUGAACAUAAAACAAAAUGUUGCUGGUUCUAGUUUCUAAUUUAAUUUUAGUUAAGUUGGUCAUGAUUCAUAACAUCAUAACAGCAAUGCGUAAAUAACAUUUUUUAAAAAUGCCUGUAACAAAUGAUGGCAGGUUUGAAGAAAAAAAUUGUGAAAGCUAAUCUAAAUUUUUUCUGAUCUUAUUAAAGCAUAUUUGAAUUUAAUUUGGAUCAGCUACUUCCUCCUUAUUAGCCAUAUUUAACAUAAAGGAAUUUUCCCCUUUUUAAUUGAAUCAUCUGAACAGGGUCCUAUAAUAGCUGGAGUGUUCGGUACUGUGAUUCAAAACAUGGACCUUCUUAAGGUUGGCUUCAGAUCUGAAAUCAAGGGUCUUUGCCUUUGUAUCAUAAUGGGUGUGUAUCAUUGUUGUCAUACAACUAUCAAAUAGCUAUUAGAGUAAAGUGACAAAACUAUAUUUUGAUAGUACUGUUAUAAAAUUAUGAAAACGAAGUUUACCUCUAACACUAAACAUUAACAGACAGCAGUUAAAAUUUAAUAAAUAGGUCCUCUGAAAUUCAAAUCGAAAUGAAAAAUAUAUAAUCCUUGAAAAUCACUGAUAUGACAAAAAACUUCUUUCAGGCUUUGUGUCUGGAUUUAUCCCGGCCAUACUGGAAACUGUUGGAGCAAAAUGGAGAGCAACUAACAGCUGGCCAACUAUAGAAAUGUCAACCAGGUGAGAGCAUCUCAAAACUUACAACAGCAGUGGUUUUAAAACUGAAUUCACAGGAUGGAUAAUAAUAUGUGUUCUGGACUAAUAAAGGAAUUUUAAAAAUUAUACCCGAGACUUAACAGAGAUUCAAGUAUAGUUAAUCUGAAAGUGAAAGGUAGAAAAAUAUUAAUUUUGUUACUUCAGAUUAAGAACCAGGUACCGGUGUUAUUUUGUAUUAAGAACAAAGUACCACAUCAUUAAAGAUUAAAAACUGUUAUUUUAGCAACACUCAUUUUUGAACUUAUGAUGAGAUCAUGCAUUAUUAGAGAAAAUAUAAAUAUACUAAAUAUUGUUUUUAUAAAUGAAAAGUUAGCAAAUGAGCUGAUUUGCAGGAAACUAGUGGAUCUAAAAUCCAUGGACUAAUUUUGGUUAAUAGUGUAAUGUGUCUUUAAUUCAAUAGUAAACUUAGUAAAAAGAAUAUUUUUCAUUUUACAGUGAAUUUAAUUUGACCACUUCCUUGUAUGCUUCAGUUUAUCAUUUUUAAAACUAUCAGCUACAUGAUAAAUUUAAAUAAUUUAUUUUCAUUUCUCUGAUUGCAGAGGUUCUCUUAGGUCUCUUCUUGUGGGUGUUCUCAUAGCAAUCCCUUCUGGUGCAGGUGUUGCAUUGUCUAUCCUAGGGGGCAAAGUUGGCUCUCUUGUUGGUGUUGCCAUAUCAGCCUCACUCCUGCCACCUGCUGUCAAUGCUGUAAUUAUUCAUUUUAUUGUUAGUGUACAAAAAACAAAACAAAAAAGGAACAAACAACUCUAGUAAUAAAAAGGUUGAGGUUUAAAUUUUUUUUCAAAAUUGAUGAACAUUUUAUUUUAGAAAAAUGCUUAAAUUUGAUUCCCAUCAUGUUUUAUGUAAUGUAUACUUUAUGAUGCUUUUUUAACUAUGAGUUUGGUAUUGAUGCAUUGUACCUAAUGAAUGCUUUUUAUCUAUGCAUAAUAAUGUUAAAUAUUAUGUUUCAUGUUGAUUAAUCAUUUUUUUUUUUUACAAAAGUCAAUUGAAAUUUAUGACAUUUGCAGGGGUUGCUCUGGGCAAAUGCUCUGGUUGUAACAUUCCGACCACCACUCAUAAACUAUGUAAGUGUUCAAUAUUUAAAAAGAAAAAAAUAUCUCAUAAUUCUUUUAUACUUUUUAUUUUUAUUAAGAUGCACAUACAAUAUUUAGCAAAUAAUAUAAUUAUUUUUGUCUUUGUCAGAGUAGCAUUGCAAAUUCCAGUGAUAAUGGCACAACAGUCUCACAACCAGAAUACAAAGGUCAUCUCAAAUGUCCAGCAUUCAAAGACAAUGAGUUUGUCCCUGAGUACUUCUGUGACAUGGCCAGAGAAAGUGUAGUACUUGGUGUGGUCAGCCUACUGCUCACCAUUCUCAACAUUGUUUGUAUCAUCAUCAUGGGAAUUGUGGUCUUAAAGGUAAACAAAUUAAAACUUUUGUAACCAUUUAUGAGGCUAAGGAUGGCUGUCAGUGGUUUAAAAAAGAAACAGCUAAGUUAAUGAAUACCACACAAAAAAAAAUAAAAAAUAACUUGCAACAAAAAUCAUGGAAAUAUUGUUGCUGCCCACAGGAUGCAUUGUUUUUUUACAGGUUUUUAUUGUUUCCCAAAUAACUAUUUUGUUUCUCUCAGAUAAAGGAAGUUGCACCCAUUCAUUCAGGACCUGCAGCAGAAAACCAGUUUUUUGGGGAGGACAUUAAGGUUUGUUAAAUCACAUUUUUUUUUAUCAAUCGUCAAAAUUUAAAAAUAGUAAGACAGAAGAGUCCUUACAAGUUUCGAUGUCAUAACUUAUUUCUCAUUAAUUAAGCUUUAAAAAAAAACUUUACUUGAAGCAUAUUUAAUUUUGAAUUAAGCUAAGACCUCAUCAUUGUGUCUUUUCUAUAAAAAGAAUUGAACUCAUUGUAAUUAUAUUUUAUACAGAUUGCCAGAGAGUCUAAUACAACCAACAAAGGUCAAACCUCUGCUAUUUUAGGCAAAAAGUUCCUUCAAGAAUACAGGGUAAAUAUGUUUGAUAUUUAGAAAUAUUUGUUUUGGGUGUCAUUUGAUCUUUUCAAAGCAGAGCCUUCACUGAAUAUGUUUUAUUUAAAUGUGCUUAGCGCUUAAAAAUUUACCACUUAAGUGCUUUGUGAUCUCAUCAAGUAUGGUCAUUAGGAAAUGGUAUCAAUAUAAAUUGGUAUGAUAUUAAAUUACAAAAAAAGCAUAUAUAUAAGUUUAGAAGCUUAAACUAAAGGGGAUAAAAACGCUCAUGUAAUGUUGCUUUUCAAUCCAGAAAGUGAAAAAUGAACUCGGUGUUGAAAUUGACUCUAACCAAGAUGAGGAGGAGCUGCAUCAGAUUGUUGAGGUAAGAUACUAAGGGGUAAGAUACUAAUGAGUAAAAUACUGGGUACUAAUCUUAUGAUGGGUUGUUCAUACUUAUGGGUAUGAUAUUAAGAUGGGUAAGAUACUAUUGGGAGGACCUUGGUGAUGGGACUGAUACUUAUGAUGGUAAUGAAUAGGAUAAUAAGGUAUGGGAUACUCAUAAGGCAAGAUACUGUUGGAUAUAAGACAUUUAAAAUUAGGAUGAAAUAAAUAGCUUUUAUUUGGGUUUUUUUCAUUUUAAAAAACAUAUUUUCGUUAUAAAAACAGGAAGUGGAAGAGAGUCAAUCAGUGAAGGAAAUAGCUGACUUGAUGCCACACAAGCCAAAAAGAUGGGUGAGUUGUUUUUUUCUCUCCAUAUCAAUAUAUCUAAUUUGAAUGAAAGAAAAAUCAUGAUUUAUUUAUUUAAAGACUUUAAGAGAAAAUUUUUGUUUUUAAUGAUUAUCUUCAUUUCACGGGUAAAAAAAUUAGUAAACAACAUCUUGAUUUUAUUUUACUUCAUAUUUCUAAUAUCUCAUAAAUUGCCAUAUCUUGCCAGUAAGAUUCCGUUCAGCAUCAGUUCCUUGUAAUAAUUAUCUAUUCUGUGAUUAUUGAUUUUUUUCUGGACCGGACUGGUUUAAAUUAAAAUUACGUUAGAUCAAAAAUAAUUAACUGUGGCGAUGGUGUAAUAAUUAACUUAAAAUUAAUAAUCCGAAAGUGUGGUUUUGAUAAAUAACAACUUUGAAAAAUAAAAUAGAGAAAACAUAUAUACCAUUUUAAAAUUUAAUAAUUAUGGAACAUUAGUGGUUACAAAAAUGUCUCACUUGCCUCUUAAAUCUUGACUGCAUACGUGAGUUUUUCAAUGUGGCUUAGCUUCAUCCACCCUGUGAUCUCUGGGAUGCCAAGGAAGUUUUGUUGGGCAGUUUUGUUGGAAAUGGGUCUCUCUGCACUAUUUUCGAUCAUACGCAAGAAAUUAAGUAAUUAUGAUGGGGACCAUGAUUGAAAAAAGGUGGCUGAAAAAUUUAAAGAGAGAUUUAAUAAGACGGCACCAUGUAACACAAUUGUGUCUAUUAUUGUUACAUAUUUUCGCCAUUAUAGAACUGUCUUGUGUCAACAGAAGAGGAAGUCUUAUCGAUAUUUAAAUUUUUUGUUGAUGAGAACCAUGCCUGUUUCUCUAGAACGUGUUGCAUUCGCCCAAAUGAAAACUGCAAGGAACAUCUUUUAAACUGAACAUCAUUGUAGGUUGUUCACCGAUUGUUUAAGACGAUAGGACAUUUUCGUACUGCAUACAGAUAGGACGGAGCCAGAAUGUGACUCAGGAUGAUGUAUUGUGGAAAUUUCUGGUUAUAGUGUACGAGGAUCCAGUUUUUAUAGGAAGUAGUGAUUCUCAGAAGAAAGUCACAUUAAUUAAGAAAGUCUAUCAGAUUUCCCCCUCUGUUGACAAAGUACCUUUCCAGGAUCAUGUUACUAUGUGUCGUCUUUUUAUAUUAUCUCUAUCACAAUUUUUCUACUACAUUUUUUUCGAUUUACAUUUCACUAACGUAUUAGCUAAAAAUAGCGCUCAGCUAUGAAUAACUUUUCCUCUGUGGAGAGACCCAUUUCUUACAACUGUCAAACAUAAAAUUGUUUUCACUUCAAUGGUCACUUUACAGCUGGAGUUGUGCACAGUUGACAAACAAAAGUAAGCAUUCAAGAUGCAGGGAUUACUGCUAGUUUUGGCGCAUGCUGUACAAGCAUAAAUACAUCCUGUUCAUUCUCAUUUAUCCAAUUAAAAGCUGCAACUGUGCUUUCAUGAUUUAGUUCACCCAGAAAUACUUAUCUGUAUUUCGUUUUAAACUUGCAAUUGAUAUUUCCAGUCUCACAAACUUCAACUUAAAAAGGUAAACUGUGUAUCAGAGUUCAGAGGGAAAACUAUACUGACAAACUAGAUUUAACAUUUCAGAUUUUACAGUUAAUAUAGUGAAGUCUUUUAAUUUGCUUGAAAUUUAACCAGAAUGAUAAAUAUUCUUUAACUUUAAAAAAAUUAUUUUAUCAGAUGUUUUAUAGAAUCUCUCAUUAAAUUCAAUAACCAAAUUAAAUUCUUUAAUGAAAUACAUUUUUCUGUAUAGCAAUGUCAUAAGUGUAUAGCACCUAAAAAGUCAUUUACUUAAAAAAUAGUUGUUUUUUCACUUCAACUUUAAAAAUAUUUUCUUCACUUAAUACACCUUAUCAAAAUUACCUACUUUAUGAGCCUUAUGGUGGACAUAACUAACUUCAGAGAGGGGGGGGGGGAUUCCUAAAGCAAUUUUAGUGUUUUUAGUACUUUAAAAAUUUAUUAUUGGCUUUAGAUAUUAUUUUUAUGAUGCCUUAAUGAGCUCUGCAGUCUGCUUUAAAUAAUCCUAAAUAAAAAAUAACAAUAUUUAAUGAUGAGCAAAUUUUAAAAAUACUUUUCUCACCUUUUUAAAAGAUAUUUAAUAGCUGCACUUUUGCUAUGUCUAUCAACAAUAAGAGUUAUCAUACAUUUCAUUCAAAAACCAUUUGUAUAUAAAUGUUUUCAAGUAAUUUCUAAUAUCUUGAAAUUAAUUUAAAUACGCAGUCUUUGGCACACCAAGUAAGUGAGGUGUUGUACCACUUCAUUUUAAAAGCAUCACUGAUUUAUUUAAUAAUAUAAAUUUUAAAAAAAGCACCCCCCCCCCUCCUCCCAACAUCAAAUGUUGUAAAAAAUGUUGUAGCAGAAAUGAUUCAGCUCAAAUAAAGGUUAUCAUUGGAAGAAGUAUUACCCGACUGACUCAUUGCUAUAGUGGAAACAUGUAUAGACAGGGGCUAUGCACAACAAGAACACCAAAGGAGCAAUGGACAGAUGCUUUAUAUUUUGAUAAGACUUGUCCCUAUCAUAAAAUUAGUCAGGACAGACGUUUAGAUUACUUUUUUCAUUGAAAUGUAUUUCAUCUUAAGGGAUAAACCCCUUUAAUUAAAAUGUCCUUAUUCAUAGCUCAUUUAAUUGUUUACAAAUAAAAAUCAGGUUUUUGAUGCGGCUGACCUCAGGUCUAAUUUUUCCUCACGAUUAAUAUUGCACAUAGUUAGACUUAACUACAUGACAGUAUAAAUCUAACACUUUUGUUUCUUGCGAACGUCUCAUAAAAAUUUCUUUUAAAAAAAUAUAUAAUUUAUUACUAAUGAAUUCUUUAGCCUAUUUUUUGUGUGUCUAUACUUCAUUGUAGUGUGAGUACUCUAAGACAAUAAUUUAAAAUGCACAUUAUUCAAUUAUAAUUAAAACAUUUUAGAUGUUAAAUGUAUCAUUUAAUUUUUUUAUUUGAUGCCUCUAAUUCAGUGCAAUUUAGAGCAAUCAAAAGAUGUCUUUAUAAGGGUUUUCUUGUUGCAGUAAUUGAAUAUAAUUUGAGAAUAAAAAGGAAUAUGGACUUAUAGUAAAAAAUUAAGUUGUAACAUUAAGUUGUCAUGUAAAUCUUCAUUCCCAUUAAGGAUUAUCUAUUUUUAUAAUCACAUUUUUCAAGCUAAGGUUUCUUGUUUGUUAAGUAACUAUAACUAAAAGACCAUUACAGUUAGUUUCUGGUUCCUUUAACACAUUUUAUGCUUUCAAAAGUUAUUUAGCUGCCAGAAUGUGAAAUAAUAAAGUGCAGUUUAUCUUUUCUGCAGUCAGUAUACUUGCAUGAUGAUAGCCAAGAUGAAGAAAAGGCUUACAGGACCAUUCAAAUAGGAAGUCUCCCAUACAAUGGUUUUGCUUCCGAGGAUUCAGUUCAAAUGAGAAGGCGACAUGUUUCCCAUGGGGACAAGAGACCAGUGUCUGAGACAAGCGAUUCACAUAUCAACACAUACUUCACCAUUCAUCGUCUUCCAUCACCAAGGUCAACAACAAACCGAUUUCACAUGCCCAAAAGCAUGUUCGUCUCCCCCAAAAUUGGCCGUUUUAAGGUUGACAAAGUUGCAGAGAAAAGCUCAGAGAAAGGAGCAAAAUCUGCACGUUCUCCUGUUCCCAAGAUCAAAAUAGAUCCAUCAGAAAAUGUCCCAUUGGUCUCCUACAUUAAAGAAAUUUAAUUUUUUUUGGUAAACCUUUAAAAAAAAAAAAUGUACAUUUAUCAAUUUAUUUUGAAACUAAAGGUCUUUUGUUAAAAGUCUGGAGAGCUCUAAAUAUUUUCUACUUUCAGUGCAACUUGUUUCUGU